UGGUACUAAAUCAAAUAAAACAAUUUUCCUACAAAAAAUUUUGGUUAAAUACACAUAAUCAGAGAAAAGUCUGAUAUCAUCAAAAUAAAAAACAUCAAAAAUUUUCUUGACAUUGAACAUGACGUAAUUAAUUGUUUCAUCAAAUGCAGUGAAAUUCUACAUAAAUAUCUGAAUGAAUAUGUGAGUUACUUUCAAUCUGUUAGAAUGAUGGGAAAAAAUAUCUUUUCUUUUCAUGAUUUCUAUGAUAUCUUGUUAAUUAUUAAUUUCUAUUCAAUAUACAAGAAAUACAUAAAACUAUUAUGUUAGAACGAAAAAUUUUUCGUAAUACACCAGAACUUCUUUAUCAGUCGUUUGAUCUACAAUACAUCUAUAUAAUUAAUGAAGAUAACCAUGAAAACAGAAUCAAUCAGUUCAUGUAUAGUAUUGUAAACGUUUUAGAUUUAUUCGAAAAAGAAUUUCUUUUAUAGACCAACACGUUUGUUUUAUCCUGUAUUGAUUGAUAGAAUAUUUUUCUAAAAAUAAUAUUCAAACAUAUAUUUAUGAAAGAUAAUUUAAGAAUUUAUCUUGUUAUUGAUAUAUUCAUAUUUCAAACGCUACAAAAACAACAGAAAUUAUUAUCGAACCUUUAAAUAAAACUCAAUUGAAUAUAAAUAGUUACUAUUUUACAAGAAAAACAACAACCAAUUGCACACUGUUUAAUCUAUCGAUUGAUAGAAUCUAUUUGAAACGAUUAAACUAAUGAAUUUUCUUUCUUUCCUCUAUAGUAUUUGUUUAUUGUUCGACUAUUAACUUGUUUACUUUUAGACGAGUAGAAAAUCUAUGCAUCGUAGAGGCAAGAAUGAAUCAAUUAGUUUAUUUUAUAAAAUCUUUCAUAGUUUUUGUUUUUGUUAUGUUUAAAAUCAAUUAAUUCUUCAGUUAGAAACGAUUGCUAAUACUAGAUAUAGAUGAACUAUGCAUUAUAUCAAUCAUCGUUAUUCGAAUAAAAUAGAGAUCUUCUCUUUUAGAUUACAUUAUAAUUAUAUACUUUCUAUUCAAAAACAAUGGUCUCUACGAAUGACUAUGAAAAUAUUUCUGAAAUUUUGGUUCCACAUAUAGAUGUUGAUGUUGAAAUGAAUAAAGCUGAUAUUAGUCAUACAACUAUUGGCAGUGACUCUCUUGGUCCAUGCUUUUUCUUUUUAUUGGAUUUUCUUAUGAAUGAUCAACCAUAUUGUUAUAUGUAUCAUUAUAGUUUUCCAUUUGAUGAAUCAAAAUUAAGUGCUGAAAAAGUUCUUAUAAAAUAUUUGAAUAUUAUUUGGGAUUCAUUAAUAGAGACUAUAGAAUGUAAAAUAACUUCAGGUGAAACUUUAAAAAAUACCAAAAUAUCAAACUUCAAACUAGUCGUCGGAGGUGGUGAUUUAACCGAUGGACAAUUAAUACGUCAAGCAUUUAGCUUAUUGAAUAAAGAUGAAAUGAAUGUUAUUAGUAGAUCAUUUGAUGAUGAACAUGUACUUUGUUUUUAUAAACAAUUAAUAAGAAAUACAAUCAUAUUAAAACCAGUCACAAGAAAUAUGAGUAAUAAAAAAGAAGCACAAGGUAUUAAUUGGCGUUCUGAUACUCGUCAAUUUGAUAUUGCAAUUUUACAACUUGAGUUUUCAAAGAACACGCAAUCUCAAUGGCAAUUACAAACAAAAGCCAUUGAACAAUUCAAACUUGAAUGUCAACAUGAUGAAAAAUUAAUAUUUCAACAAGCAUUAUUACUUAUUCCAACAAAUUCUAUAUUCACAUCGUAA